AUUCUUUGCUGAGGGAAAAUUAAAAGUGUGCGGCACAUUGACGGUUACGGAUCGGCAAGAAAUUGAUCGGAUCGCGCCUAAGUGUCGUUUUAGUGACUAUUCUGCGUGAACACACAACUUGCAUGCAUACAUAUGUAUACAGCAAUACAAUUUUGUUGUAACUCAGUGUUUUUUGGAAAUUGUGAUAGCUUGAUAAGCGAAUUGGAAAUAUUGAUUAGUUGCUGUCGGGAAAGGCAGUAUUCGAAAAAUGUAAAAAAUGUGCAUUCAAAGAGUUUGAAUGGAAAACAAAUAGAUUCGAUAAUUUUGGUAUAAUUUCAAAUUUAUUAAAUAGUAAUAAGAGUUCGAUUACUAUGGACUUAAGCAAGUACAUACAUGGAAAAAAUUAUUAAAUAUAUUAUUAUAAAUAAAGUGUAAAAAAUAUAAAACAAGUAGAUAUAUAACAAAAAGUGGAUUCUAAAAGUGUUUAGCGAAGUUUUAUUGUCAUUUAAUAAGAACACACAUUUAACAAAAAAAAAAUUAUAUAUCUACAUAAAACCAAAACUAAAGUGAUCAAUAAAUAAGACGGAAUAAAAAAAAAUUGAAUUUGUGAAGCAAACAAUUAUUUGUAUAUCUAUAUACCGUGAGAAGAAAAAAGCACAUUAACCAACAUCAUUUGCCAAUAGAAUCGUGCUAAUGCUUAGCAGGUUACCUCCAACAUGACAAAUUUUCAAAACGAACUUGGCGAAUGUGUGUGGGUGAAGCCACAAAAUGCUGGCGGCAAUGAGUUUGCAGUGCCGUUCGGUGCGCGAGUCAUACGCACAGAGAAGACACGCACCCUUGUCGCCAAUGAUGAGGGUAAACAAUUUUGGGUGCCGGCUGAGGAUGUAUUGAAAGCGAUGCACAUCACCUCGCAACAAGGCGUCGAUGAUAUGAUUACAUUGGGCGAUUUGCAGGAGUAUGCGAUUUUAAGGAACCUAGAGAUGCGAUAUGCGAAAAGGCUUAUUUAUACCUACACUGGCUCCAUGCUGAUCGCUAUCAAUCCUUACCAACCGCUGCCGAUCUACACCACUCGCGAGAUUGCCCAGUAUCGCGGCAAGAAAAUUAGCGAACUCCCGCCUCAUAUUUUCGCCAUCAGCGACAAUGCCUUCCAGCAGCUGAAGCGUGAUCGCAUGAAUCAGUGCAUUGUGAUAAGCGGCGAGUCGGGUGCUGGCAAGACUGAGAGCACUAAGCUCAUACUGCAGUAUUUGGCCGCUAACAGCGGCAAGCAGUCCUGGAUCGAACAGCAGAUCAUUGAAGCAAAUCCAAUUAUGGAAGCAUUCGGCAAUGCGAAGACCGUGCGCAAUGACAACUCAUCACGUUUCGGCAAAUACAUAGAGAUACGAUUCACGGACGCUGGUAAAAUACAGGGUGCAAAGAUCGAACAAUAUCUGUUGGAAAAAUCGCGCAUUGUAGCGCAAUCGCGUGAUGAGCGCAAUUAUCACAUUUUCUAUUGCAUGUUGGCUGGCUUGAGUAAAGCCGAACUGACUCGCUUGGAGUUAUUGGAGCAAUCUCCUCUCAAAUACCACUAUUUGGCACAGGGUGGCUGCUAUGAGUUGGAUGGCAGAAAUGAUGCCAAGAAUUUUGCUGACAUACGCGCAGCUAUGAAAGUGCUCUCCUUCAGACCAGAGGAAGUGUGGAGUAUCUACAGCCUAUUGGCUGCCAUUUUGCAUCUGGGUAAUAUGUAUUUUAAAGCGACGAUGGUACAAAAUAUGGACGCCACUGAGGCAACCGAUGUGGUGAAUUUGCAACGUGUGGCCGCGCUGUUAGGUGUCACAAAGCAAGCGCUGGCCGCUGCGUUGACACGUAAAACGAUUUUCGUGCACGGUGAGCGUGUGGAGACGUCUCUUUCGCGCGAAAUGACCAUCGAGGGCAGAGAUGCAUUCGUGAAGUCACUGUAUGGCGCGAUCUUCGUACGCAUCGUUCAGCGCAUAAACGCGACAAUCGAUACGAAGGAUAAGGUGUCCAAAACGCUGAACACUAUAGGAGUGCUGGACAUAUUCGGUUUCGAAAAUUUCGCGAAUAACAGCUUUGAGCAGCUAUGCAUUAACUAUGCAAAUGAGAAUCUGCAACAAUUCUUUGUACGGCAUAUUUUCAAGAUGGAACAAGCAGAAUAUGAACAAGAAAAUAUCAAAUGGCAACACAUCGACUUCCAGGAUAAUCAAGAGAUAUUGGACUUGAUCGGUAUGAAGUCGGUGAAUAUUAUGUCACUCAUAGAUGAAGAGUCAAAAUUUCCUAAAGGCACCGAUUACACACUGCUGGAGAAACUUCACGUACAACAUGGCAAUCGCUCGAUUUAUGUAAAACCCAAAUCCAAUCAAUCUGCACUCUUUGGCAUACGCCACUAUGCCGGCGUAGUGAUGUACAACCCGAAUGGAUUUCUGGAGAAAAAUCGUGAUUCGUUCAGCAUGGAUUUGCGUGAAAUGAUUGGGAAAUCUAAAAAUAAAUUUCUCGUCGACAUAUUUCCAAUGGAACUGCCAUAUGAUACAAUGAAGAAACAGUUCACGUUGUCGGUGAAAUUCCGCAAUUCAUUGGACCUGCUCAUGCGCACACUCGCCGCUGCGCAUCCCUUCUUUAUUAGAUGCAUCAAGCCGAAUGAGGACAAGAAACCAAAUUUUCUCGACCGCGAACUCUGCGUGCGUCAGUUGCGCUAUUCCGGCAUGAUGGAGACAGCACGUAUACGUCACGCUGGCUAUCCCAUACGUCACACCUACAAAGAUUUCGUCGAACGUUACCGUUUGUUGCAUCGUGGACUCGGACCCACCCACACACUCAACUGUCGCCAAGUAACCGAACAGAUCUGCAAAAAUUUGCUGCCUGCAUCAGCUGAUUAUCAAUUUGGACGACAUAAGGUUUUUCUGAAAGAUGUAGAUGAUACGUUCUUGGAGAAGGAACGCGCCCAUAAGGUAUUACAAUCGAUCAUAGCCAUACAACGUGGUUUCCGAAAAGUGCUCUUCCGUCGUCAGCUGCAACGCUAUCGCGAAGCGGCGCUCAUCAUACAGAAAGUGUGGCGCAAUCACAAAGAGCGACGAGAUUUUCUCAUCAUGCGCCAAGGUUUUCAUCGAUUAGGCGCUUGCAUUGCUCAAAAACGGCUAACGUCUGCUUUUACAAUGCUGCGCAGUCGCGUCAUACAUUUGCAGGCUCACUGUCGCGGUUAUUUGGCGCGUCAGGCGUACAAGCUGCGCCAGAUGGAGCGACAGCGACGUCGGAAAGAAUUGCAAGCAUUCCGUUUAGCAGAAGAAUUAUUAGUGCGGCAGGCAAGAGAGCAUCAGCAAUUGGAAAAGGAGCGACAGGCGCGUCUAAGCGCAAAUGUGGUAACCCAGACAGCGGCGGCAAAAGCAGUGGCGCCUUCCACACGCACAACUGCACCACCACCCACUACAGCACGAACGCCAAUGAAUGGUGUAACGAAUGGGCAGGGCGCUGUAAAUGGCAUUGAUGUGAAUUCUAUGAAUAUUAAGAAUACCGUAAAUGGUACGAAUGGUGUAAGUUAUAUGAAUGGCGCGGCGACUGUACCUGUGGGCGGCGUAAUUUUGGCGAAGCAAAAACAGGUGAACGAAGCGCAGACGUCCAGCGACAACUUCAUCGAUGUGGAAUCCUCGAAACAGAUAGUAGAUGAUGUUUUUGGUUUUCUCGACGAUGCAGAUGUGAAUGGCCCCGUAAUAUCGAAUGUUAGAGAGAAAUCAUUGAUGUUCGAGCGCGAAUCGCGACUCAAGAAAGAUAUACCCGCUAAAUUACUAUCGCGACCGGUGCGGUAUUAUGACCCGCAAAGUAUGUACUAAACGCGGUUUUAAAUAGGCCACACAAAGCAAAUAGAGACUAAAAGAGCGAGUGGUGCAAUGGAAGUGGAUAGCAAGAAAGAGUCUAUAAUUAAAAAUUAUUAGAAAUGUUUUGUUUUAAGAAACUUCAAGUUCCAAAAAAUAUGCCAUUGUAGCUAAUAAUAUAACUAAAAUAGAAAAUAUGUAUUAUACAUAAUGCUAUUCGGUAAAUUAUUAUAAAUUGUACAAUACGAUUUGAGUGCGUUGAAAAAAAAAGAUUAAAAAAAAACACCAAAAACAAAAACAAAGUUAUUAUAGUAAGCUUCAUUGGCCACCACAGGCAUCUUUUACAAUCCACUGAUGAGGAUCGUAUAAAGCAUUUUAUCUGCCACGGUUCGUCUUUCGCUUGACUUAGAUGGAGUAUUUUCGGGUCGGAUGUACUGGGUUGCCCAUAUUCGACGGACCCAUGUGUUUUUUUUUUUUUUAUCAAAGAAAAACACAAUUUUUUUGAUGUUAACGAUAAUAAUCAUUUUACAUAUUUCGUUCAAGUAGAUUUGUUGACAUCACUUUUUGAAUAUGAUAUCUCUCAAAUGGCCGCCUUGGGCCUGGACGGCGUAUUGUGCCCGUUUUGCAACAUUUUCCAUAGUUUUAGCUAACAUUUCGGCUGGAAUAGUGGCUAUUUCCUCACGGAUGUUGUUCUUGAGCUCUUCUAUGGUCUUUGGCUUAUUAAUACAAACCUUUGAUUUUAAAUAUCCUCACAUCAAACGACGAGGAAACAAUUGCUUCAAAAAAUCGAUUGUGGUGCGAGCUGUGUGUAGUGGAGCGCCGUCUUGUUGAAACCAGAACUGCCUCAUACGCUUUCGACGAAUAAUUGGCACCAGAAAAGUGGUUAUCAUAUCGCGAUAACGCUCCUGAUUGACGGUAACAGCUUGACCAUCUUCAUUUUCGAAGAAAAACGGCCCAAUAAUCGUGGUCCGAGGAAUGCCCAACUGCUGAGAACGGCGAUUUUGGGAUGUCCUUGGCGACGCCUCAACACUGGCCCGUACAAGAGCAAUAUUCUCAUCCGAGCGCCUUGGUCGGUUUUGAUUUGGCCUAUUUGGAUUAGAAAGAGCACCACCAGUCGAAAACCUUUCGUACAGACGUUUAACGGUGUUCUUAGAAGGCGCACUUUUCACAUUAUUUAAUUUUUUAUACGCACGUUGAGUUUUCACAAUAGACUUCUUUUGUUGAAUGUAAAUUUCAACAAUUUGGGAGCGCUAGCGUGGCAUGUACUGUUCCAUGGUAAACAUCUGCUUGGACUGACGCUUCUAACGCGGUAUGUCAUUAAGCGAUCUGACGACUCUGUCAAAAGAUACAGGGUUGCCAGAUGGGUCCGUCGAAUAUGGGCAACCCUGUAUUGAGAAUGGGCCAGCCAUUUUCUUUCUAUCGACAAACUGCUGAUUAAAAAAAAUAUCUCUGAAGUGUGCCGAGAAGCAAUGAAUUCCCAGCCCAGCCGUUUCUUCCUACAUUAAAAAUCCUCUCUCUAGACCUUAAAUACAGUGGGAAAUAUUACUCAGAUGCUGCCCAUCCUCAAUUCCAUUCUAUUCAAAACUCCAUUCACAUAGAUUGUCUUUGGCCAAUAGUCAGCUUAUUAGAGUAUGCCUGUAUUAGAGUAACUCUGUAAAGGGUGAAGAGAUCUUUUCGUUAAGGCCGGCGGGCCAAUUAGAUGUCCUAAAUUCAGUAGUUUUCGCGAAGCGUUGUAGGAUGAGAAAAAAAAACAAUUAGCCAAAUGAAGUUUUAGGGAUAGUUUAAUAUAUAUUUGAACUAAAAAAAAAACAUUUGUACAAUCUCCAACAAUAUAUUGUAAGCCGAGUUAUCAAUAGAUUCCCAGAGCGCUUUGCCACUGAAGUAUCCAACUGAAGUAUC